AUGUUUCUUCUCGAGUGCCUCGCAAUCUCAACUUUCCUGCUUGGCUCUUUGGCCCAUAUUCAAGGAGAUGCGGUCCACGUACUUAACCAUUUUCUUGCAUUGGGACACGCUGGUACAUGCGCAACCAGCUUCCUGUCCGACUCAGACUCCAUCAACCACGAAUGGAGAUCUCGUUUGAAGUCUCAGAAGCAUAGCGCUCAACGACUCCUGAAGGGCGGCGCACCAUUCGCUGAUGAACACCUGGGGAUUAGCGUUCCUCCGCCCCCUCUCGAGAUAGUACCACUCAUCGUCUCAGGCCCUUCUUCGAACCGCGUGGAUCUGGUGUUCUUCUCGGACGGGUAUACCCCGGAAGAACGCGACAAGUUCGUUGCUGACGCUCUGAGACUCGCCGAGGAUGUUUCGACGAAUCAGACGUUCAAUACUGUGCAGCCGCUGUUGAAUUUCUGGGCGGCGUUCUCACCUAGCAAUGAGAGCGGUUUAGGGAACAAUGGCCCCAAUGACACGCCAUUUGGUCUGUACAGAAUCAAUACAGAGCUUCGUGGCGUAUACUACGCGUAUGCGGAGGUUGGAAGGGCUGCCUGUGAUUCUUUGGGAAAUCAAUGCGAUUACCCUAUUCUUCUGGGCAACGACCCUCUCUACGGUGGCCUAGGAGGGGAAUUCACCGUCGUCACCGCCUCGAUCAUCAACGGCCCUCUUGUUCUCCGACACGAGCUCGGGCACUCGAUUUUGGAUGUCGGUGAAGAAUACGACGGCGGGCAAGCCUACUUUGGUCGAAAUUCUGCUCGAGACCCUGCCAACAUACCCUGGACGCAGUGGCUCUCCGACCCGUCUCGUGCAAAUCCUGAUGGCACUCCGCGAAUCGAGCGCUCGGUCAUGCCGAUGCAAGCGUACCCUUGGACGCUUCUUAACACGACCAAGGCCUGGGCAGUGCAGUUCGACUCCUCUGGUUUGUAUGAACGUUAUUUGUUGCAGUUCUCUCUGUCGGGAAUACCAGAUAAAGAGGAUCUGAGGGUUGAGUUCGAUGGAACUGACCUUGAAUGGGAGCCCAGGGAAGAUCUCGGAGCGGAUAGAUGGUUUUACGAUUUCUUGGGUGAUAAAAAGCUGGAAGCUGGCAAGCACAAGUUGAAGUUCACACUACUGAAUGGGGCUCUGGAAGGGAAGGCUCAACUCUGCAGCACGGAGGUUUUGGAGUAUGGGAAUGAGGAAGAAUUCGUCCUCGAGCCGGGCUUCUACAGCCUAUAUCCGACGUACUCCAACCUCAACAGGACAACUUACCGGCCUACCAAUGACGACUGCUUGAUGCGCUCUGUCAUCACCCCGAACUUCUGCAAAGUGUGUAUAGAAACGCUCUGGAUCAAGCUGCUGCAGCACGUCUCCUUCGUCGACUCUAUCCAAGAGACCUGCGAGCUCCAAGCGGAUUCUGCCGCACUGAAAGUCUUGGAUCUCGUCCUCCUUCCUCUAGCAGACUUGAGGCAGAGGGCGAUCGCUGCGAAAGAGAGCUAUACCAUCAUUUGGCAGAAGGACGGCGUGGUUCUAGAGGACUUCACAAACAAGACGAGAAUCGCAGUUGACGAGGCGGGUGCGUUGGGGACGUACAACAUCCAUGUGAAGUUCUCGACAGAGGAAGUCAGGAUUUCAGACAGUCCGACGUUGGAGAACAACAUUAGCUAUGAAGUCAAAACUGGAUGUAAUUAG